GCAGCACAAGGUAAAAUGAACAAGAUGAAAAACUUCAAGCGGAGAUUUUCACUCUCGGUUCCUCGGACGGAGACCAUCGAGGAGUCACUGACGGAGUUCACGGAGCAGUUCAACCAGCUCAACAACCGGAGGAAUGAAGACCUGGCUCAAGGGCACCUGCAGCUGGGACACCUGGGCAGGGACUUUCGAGGAGACACCAGCCCCAUCUCCCCCUCUGAGGUGGAAGGCCAGUCGCCGAUGGCUGUGCGCUACCGCAACAACAACCAGCGCCGCUUCUCCAUGGAGGAUGUCAACAAGCGUCUCUCCCUGCCCAUGGACAUCCGCCUGCCCCCCGAGUUCUUGCAGAAGCUGCAGAUGGAGAGCCCGGAGUUCCCCAAGCCCCUCAGCAGGAUGUCCCGACGGGCUUCCCUCUCAGAUAUCGGGUUCGGGAAACUGGAAACUUAUGUUAAACUGGAUAAACUGGGAGAGGGCACUUACGCCACUGUCUUCAAGGGACGCAGCAAGCUGACCGAAAACCUCGUUGCCCUGAAAGAAAUCCGUCUGGAGCAUGAGGAAGGGGCACCUUGCACAGCCAUACGGGAAGUGUCGCUGCUGAAGAACCUGAAACAUGCCAACAUCGUGACCCUGCAUGACAUCAUCCACACAGAGCGCUCCCUCACCCUCGUCUUCGAGUACCUGGACAACGACCUCAAACAGUACCUCGAUAACUGUGGGAACCUGAUGAGUGUGCACAACGUGAAGAUCUUCAUGUUCCAGCUGCUGCGUGGUCUGGCUUACUGUCACGGGAGAAAGAUCCUGCACCGAGACCUCAAACCCCAGAACCUGCUCAUCAACGAGAGAGGAGAGCUCAAGCUGGCAGACUUCGGACUAGCCAGAGCCAAAUCAGUCCCUACGAAAACGUAUUCCAAUGAAGUGGUCACACUGUGGUACCGGCCCCCUGACGUCCUGCUAGGAUCUACCGAAUAUUCCACACCCAUUGACAUGUGGGGUGUUGGGUGCAUCCACUACGAGAUGGUCACCGGACGGCCCAUGUUCCCCGGCUCCACGGUGAAAGAAGAGCUGCAUUUGAUUUUCAGGCUGCUGGGAACCCCAACAGAAGACACCUGGCCUGGAAUAACAUCCAACGAGGAGUUUAAGGCUUACAAUUUCACGCAGUACCGAGCCCAGCCGUUAAUAAAUCACGCCCCAAGGCUGGACUCAGAAGGCAUUGACUUGCUGAUGAACCUCCUUCUGUACGAAGCCAAAGGCCGGAUUUCGGCGGAGGCAGCCCUGCGGCACGCUUACUUCAAGAGCCUGGGAGAGCGGGUGCAUCUCCUGCCUGACAACAUCUCCAUCUUCUCCCUGAAGGAGAUCCAGCUUCAAAAGGACCCUGGCUACAGAGGCUCAGCCUUUCAGCAGUCAGCCCGAGGGAAGAACAGGAGGCAGAGUAUAUUUUAAACUUGGAUCUCGUGUUCCCCUUGUCACCAUGGAGAUCAAAGCACUGAGAAAGGAGACGGCAAC